UAUUUAAUAGGAAAUGAAGUUGACUAUUGUCUGCCUCCUAGCACUUCUCGCCUUCACUAUGGCCGAUAAGAAAACCGACCAUUGGGCUGUCAUUGUUGCUGGAUCCAACGGAUUCUGGAACUACAGACACCAGGCUGAUGUUUGCCAUGCUUACCACAUCAUGAAAGAUAACGGAAUCCCAGAGGAUCAAAUCAUCCUCCUCUCUUACGAUGAUGUAGCCUCUUCUUCUCAGAACCCAUUCCCAGGACAGCUCUUCAACAAGCCAGAUGGUGAAGAUGUCUAUGCCGGAUGUAACAUUGACUACAAAGGUAAAGAUGUCACUCCAGAAAACUUCAUGAAUAUUCUCAAGGGUAAUGGAGACGGAAAAGUAUUGAAAUCCGAUUCAAACUCCAAGGUCUUCAUCAACUUUGCUGAUCACGGAGCUCCAGGACUUAUUGCUUUCCCAACCAAGCAACUCUAUGCUAAGGACUUCCAUGAGACUUUGUUGUACAUGCAUGAGAACAAGAUGUACGGAGAAAUGACUGUCUAUAUUGAAGCCUGUGAAUCUGGAUCUAUGUUCGAAGGUAUCCUUGAGGAUGACCUCAACAUUUAUGCUACUACUGCCGCCAAUCCUCACGAAUCAUCUUGGGGAUACUACUGUGGAUCUGACGCUGUCGUCCAAGGAAAGAACAUCGGAUCAUGCUUAGGAGAUCUUUACUCUAUCGCAUGGAUGGAAGACUCUGAUGCUAAAGAUCUCUGUGAUGAGACCUUGUCUUCUCAAUUCGAUAUUGUCAAGGAGAGGACCACCAAGAGUGAAGUCAUGAAGUUCGGAACCUUCGAUUUCAUGGAUGAAUUUGUAGGAAACUUCCAAGGAACCUGCUCUGCUAAGAACCCAAUUGCUUCCUUCUUCAAGGGAAUCAAGAAAGAACCAACUUACGAAGAGUUCCACGCCAUUGACUCCAGAGAUAUCAAGAUGCACUAUCUCCACGAUAAGUAUGUCAGAACUUACGCUGAUGAAGAUGCUGCUGCUUUGAUGGCUGAGGUCAAAAACAGACAAAGUAUUGAAGAAAGAUUCUCAAGACUUAGAGCCUCUACAGGAAUCAAUGCCGAAGGCCCAGUUACUAUCACCGAUUGGGACUGCUAUAAGACUGUCGUAUCCCAAUAUGAAGACAAGUGUGGCCUCGAUGAGUACGAUCUUAAGUACUUCGGACACUUCGUCAGACUUUGUGAGGAAGAUUUCGACCUUGCUACCAUUGAUGGACUCUUCGCUGAGAUGUGCUAAGCCUAACGUUCCU